CAUUUCUUUCCCUUCUCUCCACUCCAGCGGCGCCCAUGUCAGCCGGGCACAUCAUCAUAAAGCACUAGAUGCUCCAUAUCGCGGUGACCCGACGGGUUCACGUUACUUCACAGGGUUCAUCUGAGGAGAGGUCUCGGCCCCUCCUGUUCCCCCGAGACCCGAAUCGGAGCACAAUCUAAAUGUUAUUCAUUUCUGUUUCAGUAACUGAUUCGCAGUCACCGGAGCCGACGAAUAAGGUUUACAGGGAGUUGUUACUUCGCUCCCUUUUGCAAUUCAGCUUGCAAUGAUAGCUGAAAAUUUCACUAAUUGCUGGUUCAUCAUAGCUGGCUGAUGACACCUCCACUCCAUACAAUUCCAGUAUUUGUUUCUGACUCUUCACUGAUCUGCACAAUCCUACAUUAUGGCCAGCAAGAGGAAAUCCACAGUUCCCUGUAUGAUUCCAUCAAAGAGCAAGCACAUGCGAGAGGACAUCAUACUGGGAUGCUUACCUGAGCUCCUACCCACAAUACCUGAAGACAGCAUUCUCAGUAUCUCUGCAAAAAAUGAGGAUACACAACGAUUCCAUGAUCCCUCAAAACCAGAGGCGAAGAUUUCAUGCUGGGAACGGGGAACAUACAGCUGCCUUUUGUGCAACUUUGCAUCCAGAAACUUGAACCUGUUUCUCAAACAUAUGGACUACUGUCACAUGGACUUUCACACUCAACCAAAUUUCUACUGUCAGCCUUGUAAGGUUUCAGUAGUGAAGUUUGAAGGUCUUGCUUUACAUAACGCAAAAUCACAUCCUGAACUCCAUAAAGCGCACAAGAAAGUAUCCUUGCAAGUUACCAAAAGAGAUGGGGCUAUUACAGUGGAGCAAACCCUGUUUACAGAAGAGGAUUUAAUUGAAUCCAGUAUAUCCAUUACCAAGACACCCAUAAUGAAAAUGACCAAAGGGGGACACAAAAAGAUUGUUGUUUCCCACACUGUUGAGGUACACAGGGCUGAGUCUAGCAGUGACAAGCCCACAACUGUAACCAAUGGCACUUCAGUAAGGACCUUGCCCCUAACAACAUCACCACAAAUCAUCAGUGGCACUAGUGCCCCCCCAGUGCAUAAAAUUCCAAAAACACUCGGCAUACCAGGUAUGCAUAACCACGGUUCUCUGUGGAACUCGAAUCCUUCAUCCCCUGAUUCAAACUCUGAUCUCCCAAAGGUUAUGAUCCCUCUAAGUAGCAUCCCUACUUAUGAUCCAGCCAUGGAUUUAAGCAGUUUUCUCAAGACAUCCUUUGGUAAGUUCCCUUACCCUACCAAAGCAGAGCUCUGUUACUUGACCGUGGUGUCUGGCUUUCCAGAGGAGCAGAUCAAGCUCUGGUUCACAGCCCAAAGGCUGAAGCAAGGGAUCAGCUGGUCUCCGGAAGAAAUCGAGGACACUCGUAGAAAGAUGUUCAACACUGUAUUCCAAACUGCACCAAAAACACCACUAAAUCAGUCGCAUCACCAUAUUUCCCAACACUUUGUCUCUGUCCAGUCUGCCUCUUUGAGUUCUAAUUAUAUACAACAGACACCAAAGAGAAACGGAAUGGGUUGGAAAGGAGGGGUCAUAGUCAGCCAGCCUAGCGUGACCCAGGCCACAUCCCUUAAGCAGCAGCCAGUGGUCCAGUCACCACAGGUAAAUAUCCAUUCCGCUGCCAUGGCUAAGGAAACUGGAAAUGAAUUAUCUUUUCAUACAGCUGAGAACUGCAGGGGAAGUAGCAUUAGCAAUCAUGGACACACUGGAAAAAGCGAGAUUGACUGCAGUUCAUCUAGCAAGACUAGUCCUAGCUGCUUGCCUGGUAUUACUAAGAGCCAAAACAGCACUUACAGUGAUGGCAGCAUUAUGAAUCUGACUAACAUUGUCAGGAAAAUUGACUGUCAUGUUAAUGACAGAAACACAAAUUGCACCAGCAAAUCGAACAUAAGUUCAGCUCCCAUUUAUGGGCUGCAGAAAUUAUCUAGUAACUCUAAAGAAAGCGGUUUUGCCAGCACCAGCAAAUAUAACAAUGGAUUCACUUAUAAAAGCACCAGCCACAGUACUAUUUGCACUAAAAGUAUGAUAUUAGACCACACCAGCAUAAAAAGCAACACAGACACUAGUGUCAUUUGUAGCAGCAGCAAAAGCAACAUACGAACUGAAGAGUUUAUACCACCCCUUACCCAUAGCCUGGUCCGCCAUUCUGGAAGUCUCAUCGAUCCAUCCCUUGGAAAGGGCAAGGUAUUGCCUGAGCAACCAGGCACUCUAAAGCAAAGCUUUAUCCAUAAGUCAUUUCCAGAACAAAAGCAGCUUCUUGUACCUCAAGGUCUGCCUGUAAGAGAGGUACACAAUCAACCAUACCAUGUACGUACCUUGACAGACUCCCAGUCAUCUAUGGCGGGAUCACUUAUUAAUGUGCCCCAGAGCUCCCUCCACUCGAACCCUACAGCAAUUUCACGCAUUCAAGAGGACCCUAAUCAACAUACCUCCCCAUCCCUUUCUGCUCCCCAAGAGCGAAAUUCUCCAAAAACCCCUCUGGGAGCACCUCAGGUUCAGUCCCCAGACUUUACUGCCGUCCAUUGCAAGGAACAUUACCCCAAGCACUUACCUGCCUUAGACAAAGACUGUAAGCUAUCUAUCUUUGAUGCUGAAAGGUUGCUUUCGAACAGAGAUGUAUCUCAAAGAGAAAGUGAACAGCAGAGUGGACUGACGAGCAAAUUGUUUAAGGCUGACAAAAAUGAGCAUAGCAACCUAGUUAACAAACUACAUAACUUUGUAAACGAUAACACUAACAAGACAGCUACUAAAAUAGGAAUGCCGCUUUUGCCAAAAUACAUACAAGAAGUGGACCAAUGGGAAAGCAAGAGCUCCUAUCCUGAAGAGUCAACAAUGAGCCCUAUGAAGAUAAACGUAAUAGCAUUGAACAAAGAAGAGAGGUUGUACAAUCCCAAAAGCAAACAGUUAAUCGGCAAGCCGCUGGAAAGAUGGAUCAAUGAUGGUGGCCCCAGCCAUAACAGUGAACCUUCAGAAUGGCAGGAAAGCUACCAGCAUGUACAAGUGGAGGCUAAGGAACAGCUUGAAGAGCAUAUAUAUAUAUCUGAUAUAGGUAAAACUGAACCACAUCGACUCAAUAACGAGGCUAACUUGGUGGAUCUUGAAUCCGAGCAAGUUAAACAUGAUCGUAGCUCAGAGCGGAGAAGUAUUUUUCAGAGUCUAGACCCUGAAGCUCCUGUGCUGCCAGUAAUGAAAAAGUCAAAGGAGACUACGGAGGCAUUAGACAAAUCAAAUGCAGCAGAACAAGAUUACUGGGAGAUCAAGGAUGAGAAGCAUCAAGCUCAAGACAGUCAGUCAAGAGACCAUCUGAGAGGAGAGCUUCUGAAAGUUUAAGAACUUCACUCCACAAGAGGAAAAGGCAGAGGAUCCCAUGUUCAUCCUGAACAUUACAUUUCUUGUUUUCUUUAAGUAUGAGAGCAGACGAGAUUGUAAUGAGUUUAUUGAUG